UUAAAAAAAAAGAAUUCUUAGUAUAAUUAUUUUGGAUUUUUCUAUGCUUCUUCUUCUUCAUCGUUUUGAAACCUUUCUGUCCAAGAUCUUCCAUUGUCCUUGUUUUUGUGUUUUGGCAAAACUCUGAAACUGAAUACAUACAUACAUGACUUCCGCAAACGCACUGGCUUACUCUUCUCCGUUUCUUAGACUCCAUUGCUCCAUGCCCCGCCCUCCUAAGCGUUCGCGCCGAAAACCCAGAAGAACCUCCUUCUCUAAUCCCUUAAAGCACUCCCCUUCUUCCUCCUCACCCUUAUCCACCUUCUCCGCUUUUUCAGAUGUCUCCGACGCCAAAAUCCAGACUGUCAUCGACCUCGACCAACUCUACUAUUCCACCAAACUUAACCGUUUUAUCGCAGCCGGCAAGGACGCUUACAGUGACUUACAGACCCUAAUCACCUUCGACGACGACCGAAGGCUCGUCGUUUCGUGCCGCCGGUCCACGCUGCAUUUCGCGGGGAGCAUGGCCGUUUUGGGGUUCGUUGUCGUUUUGGGUUUUAAGGCCUUCUUGGGAUUGUUGAAGUUGGUUUCCAGGAAUAGAUUUGGGUCCGGAAGGUAUGCUCCCGUGGUUCGGAGGGAUAGGAGUCUUGGUGGGAAAGAGGUUGUGGUUGGGACUGGGACAAGAGGAGACUUUGUUUCGAGGGAAAAGGGGUUUGGGGAUCUGAGUAAUCCGUUAGAGUCGGCCAAGGAGGAUGUCAUUGGUGGUCCCCAAAGGGUUCUGAAGAACUGGGCUCGGGUCGGUAAUAGGUUGCCCAAAUGGUGGCCAAAGUUGGAGCAACAUCAGGUUUUAAUGUUGGAUCAGCAAGAGUACCAGAGGGAAGCCAACAGAUUGGUUCGAGCAAUGACGGACAAUAGACUGAGCGGAAAGGACAUUGUGGAGCAUGAUAUCAUUCAAUUACGUCAAAUAUGCAAGACAUCCGGAGUACGAGUUUCCUUUGAUACAUCAAAUACACGGGAUUCCUUCUACCGCACAUCUGUUGAUUAUGCCUUAAAUGUUUGUGGCAGGGCACCAAGUUACUCACCCUUAAUUCAGAUUGAUGGUGAGGAUGUACGUCACUUUAUUGCUGGACUUGCUGAAAACAUUGGACUUGAAAACACUCGUGCUGCAAGAAUUGUGUCAGCGGCCGUGGCUGCACGCACACGUUCACGGUUUUUGCAGGCUUGGGCCUUGGAAAUGCAAGGUAAACGUGAUGAAGCAAUGUUUGAGCUGUCAAAGAUAUGCCUUCUUCUGCGAAUAUUUCCUCCAGAUGAGUCAUCACCUGAAAUGGAGAUGGUGGCUCGAGGCCUGGAGAAGAACUUGAAACUAGAACAGAGAGAAUUUUUGAUGAGUAUGCUGAUUGGAUUUUGUGAUGAAGAAAGUCGGAGAAGUGCAGCAGAAGCCUUGGGUGUGAUGCCAUCUCCUACUAGUGGUGGUGAUCUACAAUAGAACAAGUACAUUAUGAAGGAAGCACUUUAAUUCAUUUCAGGAAUGAAAUCUUUGGCAACUGAACAGAAAUAGUUCAUUUAUUCUAGUAUUAGUUUUUAAUUUUUGUUAUUAUUUAAUUUGAUUACUAGAAUAGGUUAUUCAUCUAAUUAUGCCAAUGAAGAGAAAAUAAAUGUCUGAAUUUUUCUCAACUUUAUAUUUGUACCAAUGUUUAGUGUCCAAUAAAAUGCAAUUCUAGUUUCUCGAA